AUGGGUUCCAUGUGUGGGCGCAGGCGCAGUGGCGAUGCCCCAACGUCAUUUUCGCCACAGGUCCUUCAUCACGAUGUCCAAGUGCCACUGGUCAAACCCGACGAGGCAGUCAGCAGCUGUGGCCAGACUACUGUGGAGGAGGAAGACAUGGAGCCGAACCAUGAUGCCGAACAGAAGUGCGGCAGCAACCGCAGCAACCUUCAGGUCCCGCUCAGCUUGCUUUCGCGCGCAUAUGCUGGAACUGGCUUUGGCGACGACGCAGCAGAUUGGGAGGGCUACCUGGCAGUGGAGAAUGCCAACGGAUUCACGAAUUCGGCUUUGUAUGGCGAAGUCAACGAGCAGGAUUUUGCGGAGCUCCUGGGGGAGUACCUGCAGCCCCCAGCGUGUGUUUAUGACCUUGGAAGCGGCACUGGAAAGCUUGUGAACUUGGCCGCUUUGUUGGGAUUCCAAGCGACUGGUGUUGAGCUGGAGCCCGGGCGACACCAACGAGCCUGCAUCGCGGCUAAGGCCAUGCUGCGAGCUCAGGCUGAUGUUGGCCUGCAAGGCUUGCAGCCCCUCCAGCCUCGUUUCCUUCUUAUGAGCUUCUUGGAUUUCGACUUCUCAGAUGCGGAUCUGGUCUGGGCCAACUCGGUGGUUUUCAGCCCCGCAAUGAUGGAGGCCGUGGCAGCCCAAGCGCGCAGAAUGCGCCCUGGGGCCUUGGUCAUCAGUCACAAGCUGCUGCCUGGACCAGGCUUUGAACCAUGUGGUGACGCCUUCUUGCGAGUGUCCUGGCGGCCUGAGGGCAAAGUCUGUUUCAAAGUGCAGAGGGUGCUUCAGGAGCAGCGGCUGCUGUGCAACGGGCGGGAGCGGAAGGACGACAGGGAGACGUUGGCGGCCGCUGGUGUCGGUGCAAAGACUAAGCUGAUGCUUAUGCUUGUGCCCGGCUAUGCCAUGCCUGCGCCUCCUGUUCCAGUUGCGAGCAGCGAAGUGCAGGCAUCAGCUCCUGUCUCCGAAACAGCGGAGGCCGAAAAUGCGGCCGACGCCCAGGAGCCUGUUGUUCUCGAAGGAGUCCUCCCAGGCGCAGACGAGGCCUUGCCUGGCUCGGUGCUCAUUCGGCAGGGGUCAAACCGCUACCGAAUCCGAGUUCCCCAGGGCUUGAACAAGGUGACCUUUGGUGAGAUUGCUGACUACCUCGCAGCGCAGAUGCUGCCACCGGGAAUUCCUCCGUCGGAGUUGCGCCUCAUAUCCAAGGGCAAGACGGCAUCUCGAGACGAUGUCCUGGGUGAUCGUGACAGUACCAAAGAGAUUUCCAUUCUCCUCCUUUUCCGGGAAGGCUUCCACCUUGCUACAGAGGGCGCCCGAUGGAUGCAGGAGCAAGCCCAGGAGUUGACCGAGGCACUCGGCUUCGAGCGACGUUGCGGCGCAUCGCUUGUGCGGGAUGUUUCUUAA